GUGGCGGGGGCGAGGCGGAGAUCUCGCCGAGAUUGCGCCGAGAUUGCGCCGAGAUUGCGUGCUGGCCGAGCUCUGGCCGCGCAGCGGGGAGGGAUGAGACUAGGCACCGCUCCUUCCUCCCGCUACGCCGUCGCUGGGAGGGCGGCCGCGAGCAUCUCUUCACACCUCGGGCGUGAGCAGGUCGCACGGCGCAACCGUCGCCGGCUACGCCUAUGACUCGCGCUUGCGUGCCGCUGUCUACGCAGACGCCGUCGAGGCGCUCGAGCGGCGUGUCUGCAGAGGCGUCAUGUCGCGCAACAUCGCCGCUGGGAGGCAGAUCCACCCGAGCGUCGGCGGCCCGUCGGCGCUCGUCUCGCUCAUGCGGAUCGGGCGGGAGGGGCGGGAUCUCCUCGCCGAGGCGGGCCCGGCGGACGAGGUCAACGCGUGGACGGAGGAAAGGGUCUUCGCGAGCACAGACACGGGCGCGCCGACGCCUGCUCGGGGGAGGGGAGCAGGAGCGAGGCCGAGUGCGCCGCCGCCGAGCUGGCUGGUCGACCCUCCGGAGCGGGUGGAGCGAGGCUGCUGAAAGGGUGCACAUGGCAUGCACACCCUCCCCGCUGCAUCAUGUGGUGUAUGGACGACCGACAACCCUUUUGAAAAUAUUGCUUGGCCG